AAUUUCAACGGAGAGAAGAAUCAGUUCAUAAACCCUUACCCUAGCAGCAUAGCACCACACUUUGAUCUUGUUGUCAUCACUCACUGCUACUCAUAUCAACAACCCUUCUUCUUUCUUCGACCCAUGGCUGCUCCCAACGGAUCUCACGUGGAUUGGGCUGAUCAAGUUCCGAUUGCUGCAGCUCCUCUCAACUCUGUCCCGUACACGGGCCCACCUCUAGAUCCUUCCCAGCAGACUGAAGUCGACUUGACUUUAAAGAAUCAGCCAGCCAUGGUUUAUCUGCCUCAACCAACCUCUGCGAAAGAACUAAACGACGUGUUAUCUGUCGCCAAAAAUGGAUUUGCGGCUUCUGGCAGUGCAGCAAGUGGAAUUGGACCACUUAUUGGCUCAUUUGACAUUUUCGAAUCUGAUGACGGUUUCCUGUUUCGCGUUGCUCUUCCAGGUGUUGUGAAGAAUGAACAGUUUAAAUGCGAUAUUCAGACGGAUGGAACAAUCACAAUCAACGGAGUAACCAACACCGGAGAGAAAAAGGUCAACGCCCACAACAUGGUGUUUGAGAUGCACACACAGAACCUGUGUCCACCUGGAGACUUCUCGGUUACCUUUGUGUUGCCUGCACAUGUUGACCCUUCAACCGUAGAGCACGUGUUGGAUAACGGUGUUCUCGAGGGUGUUGUUAAGAAGAAAGCGGCUUGAUGAUGCGGUCAUCAGUUGUAGGUUUAGAAGAACAUGUUUGUUGUCUUGAUGUACAUCGUUGUCGAAGGCUGUUGGCAUGUUUUGUUUGUUUAAGGAUUUGAGUUUUUGAGCAGCUGGACUUGAGUUUUUUUUUUGUUGUAAUGUCUGCCCUGUUUAUGGCAUUUUUGGCCUCCUUGAACAAUAGAAAGUGCAAGAAAGAAGUUUAGGAUUGGAACA